AUGACAGAAACCGAAAUCCUGACCGCAUUGGCAGACGAUCGCCUGGACAUCCAAUGCAAAGAAGAAGAACCAUUGAUAAACAAUUGGAUAGCGAAAAAUCCAAAAAAUAACGAACGAAUGAUGCGGUUGAAGUCUGAAAAUCUCAAGCGGCGUGGAACGGAUGGACGAGUAGCGGCAGUCGUACGGGAUCGGGUACCACGAGAAGUUAUUGUUGCCAUAGGUGGUUGGAGUACAGGUGGCCCGUCAGACAUUGUGGAAGUUUUCAACCCCAGAGCCCAGUCAUGGGUGACUCCGGAUGCUUCGGUCAGAGAGAUUCCACGAGCCUAUCAUGGAGCCGUGCUAUGUGCCGAAAAUCUGACAAUCUUUGGUGGAUUCAAUGGACGAGAAUACUUUCAACAUGCCAAGUCAUUUGAUCUCAAUAAAAAGAUAUGGGAGGAGAUAACGAAUAUGCACGACAGACGAUGUUACGUAGCUGCCACUCCAUUUGUCGAUCCAAUUGGGACUUACCAUGUCGUUGCCAUGGGCGGGCUGAACGGAUCGUCGGCAAUGCGUUCGGUACGGACUGGAGUAUCAGCAGUGACAUACGAGGCGAAUUCAGCUAUCGUCGUAGGAGGUUUCAAUGGGGUACGACGUUUGAAAAGUACCGAAUUCUAUGACCAACGUGUAGGCCUAUGGUACCCGCUUCCUGAUAUGGAGAUAACUCGAUCCAAUUUUGGAAUUGAAAUUAUGAACGGAUGUAUUUAUGUAGCUGGUGGAUUUGACGGAACCCGAACAACUAGCACUGUGGAGCGAUUCGACAUAAGAGCGUACAAAUGGGAGACACUGCCAGCGAUGAGCAUUCCAAAAUCUGCUCUACGACUGGUUCGCAUCGCCGAUCAUGAAAUCAUUCGAAAUUUAAUCAACUUCCAUCCAAUUCAACUCGACUUCACCUAG